AUGGCAGAGCGCAAGGUGCUUUCGAAGUAUUUCCCACCGGACUUUAAUCCAUCCUUGAUUGUUCGAACACGAGGCCCAAAGCAGGUCGGCCCCAAAGUCCAAACAGUGCGGCUUAUGGCGCCUUUUCCCAUGAAAUGCACUGCCUGUGGAGAGUAUAUCUAUAAAGGCCGCAAAUUCAACGCACGCAAGGAGACCACCGAAGAACGAUACUACUCUAUUCCAAUUUACCGCUUCUAUAUCAGAUGCACGAGAUGUUCGGGAGAGAUUACAUUCAAGACUGACCCUCGCAAUAUGGAUUAUGUGAGUGAGAGGGGUGCAAAGAGGAAUACUGAGCCGUGGCGCAUGAACGGUGGCGGCAAACAGGAGUCCGAUGAAGAGAGGCUGGACCGCUUGGAAAGAGAAGAAGAAGAGAAGAAUGCAAUGCAGGAGCUUGAGACCAAGACCCUCGAUGCAAAGAGAGAGAUGGCCGUUGCUGAUGCGCUGGACGAGAUUCGGACACGGAAUGCGAGGAACGAAAGAGUGGGGAAGGACGGGCUGGAGGUAACUGUUGUGAGGGAGAGCAUCGACGAAGAGAGGCAACGGCAGGAGCAGGAGGACGAUGAAGCCGCUCGACUGGCGUUUAUGAAGCGGUACGAGGCUAUGGAAGAGAUCGUCGUCGAUGACGAGGAUGAUGACCAAGAAGCCGCCCUAGAAAUGCCGCCACCGAGUUUCAAGCGUGUGAAGAAGAAGAAGAAGGAUCAUGCUGCUGCUUUGGGGAUCAAAAAGAAGCCAUCUCUGGUCUGA